AGGUAUCCCCCUUCCUGCAGCAGGUCUUCAUGCCUCUGGUCCUCUCGAUCUUUGAGGUUUUGGGCCGCCCGGCGGAGGAGAACGACCAGGCGGCGGCGCUGGAGAAGCAGAUGCUGAGGAGGAGCUACUUCACCUUCAUCCAGACGGUGGCCGGCAGCGGCAUGAACGAGGUCAUGGCCAACCAGGGAGCGGAGAACAUCGAGCGCGUCGUGUUCACGAUCAUCCAGGGCGCCGUGGACUUCCCCGACCCGAUCGCCCAGAAGAGCUGCUUCAUCAUCCUCUCCAAGCUGGUGGAGCUGUGGGGAGGGAAAGACGGCAUGGUGGGAUUCCCCGACUUCAUCUACAAACACAUCGUCCCCGCCUGUUUCCUCGCUCCGCUCAAACCCAGCUUCGACCUCUCAGACGCUCAGACCGUUCUGACGCUGUCGGAGUGUGCGAUCACGCUGAAAACUAUUCAUCUCAAACGGGGUCUGGAGUUUAUCCAGUUUCUGCAGCAGGAGUAUCUUCCCUCUCUGCAGGUCGCUCCGGAGAUCUCAAAGGAGCUCUGUCAGGUUCUUCAGCAGCCGGACGUGAAAGUCCUGAAAAACGACAUAAAGGCGUUCUUCCAGCGGGCGAAACUGUAGGAAAUAAAAAACUGGAAGUUCUCUUUGAAAAAGGACUCGAGACAGGAAGCGGUCGAACGCGCCGCGCACUACCAAAAUAAAAGACCUUAGCAUAGGAGCUGCUUUUGCACUUAAACGUGGCUCGAAGGACGGAAGAAUCCUCCGAAGACGAGCUGUCCACGACUAACGAGACGAUUAACCAGGGACGAUAACGAGGAGAUAACGAGGAGAUAUUGAGGUGAUAACGAGGGACGAUGAUCGGACGUUGGACAGGAAACAGAUCUUUGGAGGACGCAAAAGAACGGAAAAGUUUUGGUAACAAUCCUGAAAGAAGCUUCACUGUAAACCCUCACGUUAGAGAAACUGAGGCGACGUAUCGAAGGCGUUGUGGGGGAAAUAAAUAAGAUGUGGAGCCGCGAGGUGGAGGAACAUUCUGAGGAGAAAUUAGGAAAAUCAGACAUUAAA